GGGAAAAAUAUUAAAUAUUUUAGAUUAAAUUUUUGUUAAAAUUGUUUCAGAAGAGCAGAAUAAUGAUAUUAAUACGCGGGCAGUACGAGACCGCCCAGCUGGGUGCAGCGAUUAUCGUUUAUGUGAUUAUGUUCCUGUGUGGCUGCAAUGUGGUAACCUUCCAUUAUGUGCCUGAUCUGCCCACCGUUCUGUUCCUGUACACUUUGGUGCUGCUGUCCCACCACUUGCGUGUUCUGUUCCUGCGUCCAGUGCAGAAUACCUGGCAGUUUCUCCUGGAGCUGGCUGGAGCCUAUUUCAUCAGCCAGCUGGCCAUACUGAUCAUUUGGGAGUCGUUCUAUGCCGUGCUGGAUCUCUGCCGCAUGUCGCUCGAGUCCACAGUGUUUUUCCAAAAAAUCUUCCACAUCUCACCGACGUUGUUUUUCCACCUUCGACACGACCCUAUUUAUCUGUUGAAGUUGAUGGUCGCGGUUUACAGUGCCAUUAAGAUGACCGUUUUAACCAAAGCGAAUGAAUAUGCCAUGGCCUGCUGCCGAACUAUGAGCUACUAUGAGGAGGAAGACAUGCAAAUUGUACGGAAUGCUGCCACUAUGAAGAAUGUGAAUCCCAAUCGUACCAGGGCCACGUCGCGUGCUAAGCCGCGAUCCAGAAAGGCCACUCCAGCCUACAGGCGGCAGAGAUCGCAGAGUCGAAGACGUUAAAGCUGCCACAGCCCACCC